AUUUGAAUUUUGAUUCAAUCUGAAAUUGCGCAAUUUUUUAUCAAUUAUUGUUCUGGUGGACAAUCUGAAUCAAAAUGAGCAAUUUGAGACUACAAAAACGACUCACAUCUUCAAUAAGAAAGUGCGGCAAGAAGAAAGUUUGGCUUGAUCCUAACGAAACGAGCGUUAUUGCCAAUGCCAAUUCGCGAGCACAAAUUCGAGUUCUGUUGAAAGACGGCUUCAUUUUCUGCAAACCAACGAGAAUCCACUCUAAAUACAGGAUUCGUAAAGAUAAAAUAGCUCGUCUCAAGGGACGUCACUGUGGUUUUGGCAAGAGGAAAGGAACUCGAAACGCUAGGACUUCCAGGAAAGAAUUGUGGGUAAGAAGGAUGCAGAUCCUUCGUCGCCUCCUUAGAAGGUUUCGUGAGAAUAAAAAAAUCGACAAACACCUGCACAUGAAAUUGUAUCAGAAAGUGAAAGGAAACGUGUUCAAAAACAAGAGAGUUCUGGCAGAGUUCAUCUUUAAGAAAUAUGCUGAAAAUGCACGACUCAAGUGUUUGAGGGACGAGGCAGAAGCCCAUCGUACAAGAUUCCGAGAAUCAAAGAAAAGGAGACUUGAAAGGAUUGCCGCUAAAAAAGAGCAACUGAAAAUCCAGGAGAUAAAAUGACUAUUUCAAUUAGGAUUGUAUGAAUUCCUCCGUUAAUAUUUAGAUUGCUUCCUGUUAUAUUUGAGUGUAUUGAUUUUUCAUUUAAUAGAAAGAAAAUUAUCAUUUUAUAGCAAUAUUUUAAGACUUUAUUAGAGGAUGAAAAAAAUGCUUGCUUCUGAAGUUAAUUUAUAUUUUGAGACAUACAUUCACUGGAUAUAACCUUAACAUACAUGAAAAUAAUUUAGAAAAUUUUUCACUUUCAGCGUAUCCACUACAAAGUUACAUUUCUUGUCUGCACUGCAUGCAAGUUUCUAUAAUAAUUAUAGAGUUAUUUCAC